CCGGUAAAGACCGGGCGGGGAUUCCAGACUAGAGGCCGUGGCCGGGAGGGGGAUGUGGGAGACCUGGGAUCGAAAUGGGGAACCUUUUUACCCGGAAGAGACGGAGCCGGGUUACCGAGCAAGACAAGGCUGUGCUGCAACUGAAGCAGCAGCGAGAUAAACUGAAGCAGUACCAAAAGAGAAUCACACUCCAGCUGCAGCGUGAGAGGGAAGUGGCCAAGCAACUGCUGCAUGAUGGCAAGAAAGAAAAAGCGAAACUACUGCUUAAAAAGAAGAGGUACCAGGAGCAGUUACUGGAGAAAACUGACAACCAAAUCAGCAACCUAGAAAAAAUGGUUGAAGACAUUGAAUUUGCACAAAUAGAACUGAAAGUUAUUGAAGGUCUAAAGGUGGGCAAUGAGUGCCUAAAGAAAAUGCACGAGGUUAUGUCCAUAGAGGAAGUGGAGAGGAUCCUGGAUGAGACUCAAGAAGGCAUUGAUUACCAGCGGCAAAUUGAUGAGCUAUUGUCAGGAAACCUUACUUCAGAGGAUGAAGAGGCCAUCCUAGAAGAGCUAGAGGCUAUCACUCAGGAAGAUCUUCAACUCCCAGAAACUCCUUCAGAAACUCUUCCAGAGGUCCCAUCAGAACCACUCCCAGAUACAAAACCAGAGAGACAAGCUGCCAAGAACAAACCUCAGCUGGUGGCUGCCUCUUAACCUCAUAUGCUAUGGCUGGGGAGCAAGAGAUAUUAUGUACUCUAAGAGGAAGCCCCAGGCAGAAAAAGACAGUCACUCCUCUUCCAGAGAAGGAACUGGUUCCCUGGGAGCCGUACUACAUUGCCUCACCUGGCUACCAAGUGUUGUAGGAAGUUAUUUUAACCCAUGUGCCGAAAAAGGCAAACGUUUUUCUCUGGCGUUUCUUUACCCUACUCUUGUUGCAAAGGGGUCAAUAAAGGACACCUCCCUUUCUACAAAUGAAGGCAAUUUACUCUA